GCGCGAAUAUUUUAAUUGCAGUGACAGUGAUCAUUAAACAUGAAGUUAACGGUAACACUCCUCCUCCUCGUGGCUGUGACCCAGGCGGCAAAAUCAGUGACAUCUAAAACAAAACAGAAGAUUCAAGAUAUCGAUAGAGGAGACAAGACAGAGAAGAGAGAGCUGGAAGAAGGGAACAGCGGCAUAGAGAAAAGAGCACCUCUGUUACCAUCAGUGCCUUCUUCAGUUGCAACCGGCAGCGUGGAAUACGCAGACACGAAGGAAAGUUUACAGGACAAAUCUCCGACACAGCAAGUUUACGCGACACCUGUGCCACAAAUCUCUAAGAUAUCAGACGUGCUGACCGGACAGGGCCCUCCAUUCCAAGCUGCUAUCGCUAGUCAUCUGUAUUCUCCUAUCUCAAUCUACCAAUCCAGGGUGAGUUUAGAGAACAGCUUUUUAUAA